GCCAGGUUCGCAAUGGUCGCCGAAGCCGAAACCAAAGCGGCCGAAGCCUUGAGCUCCUCCGCUGAAGCCACAGUGCCGAGAUUCGAGGUGAAGAAGCUGGACCAGCAGCUGGAGUCCAUGGUAGAGAGAGAACAGACCCAAUAACCCAAAUCAAUGAGGCCCCCUUCCCCUUAUGAUGUUAUACAAAAGCUCUAGAGGUUAUAAAAAAGCUUCACAAGGAUCACACGAGAUAAAGACUUACAAGUUGAAAUUAGAGAAUCUUCAAACUCUGAAGGAUGCGGCUCAUAAGCUCCGGGAUAGUAUAUCCCAGGAGCAGGAGAAAAGUGAAUCCCUAAAAGCACAGAUUAAGGAAAUGGAGAGGAACAUUCAAGGUGUAGAGGACAAAAUCUUACAUACAGAAACUACUUUGAAGGAAUUGCAGAAACUCUUAGACCAGAUUUCAACGAGUACUACUGCGAGAAGCACUUUAUUUAAGCUGCAACAGACACAGUAUGUUGCCCUUGCUGAGGAAAAUGAAGAUACUGAUGAUGAGUUAAAAGAAUGGCAAAGCAAAUUUGAAGAAAGGAUCGCAUUACUACAGUCUAAAAUUAGUAAGCUGGAAAGAGAGAUGAAUGAUGAAGAAACCAGAAGUUCCACAUUUUCACAGACAAUUAAUGAGUCCAUGCGAGAGAUCGGGAAACUUCAAGCUAAAGCUGAUUUAAUGCUCACAUAUCAUCGAGGCAUGAACGUGAUUCAAGGAUACAAAAGAUUAUUGGUAAGCAUAACCUUGGGUUUCUUCUUGAUGCCCCUUUCAGCGAAAACGUGGCUGCCAGCCUCACAAAUAGAAUUAAAACAAGAUUGUUAGAUCUUGAUAAGGACUUGCAUGACAAAAAGGUACAUUUAGUCUUAAAUAUAAUUUUCAUCUAAAUAUUUUCGGCAGUGUAUACAACUGUACUGCCAAUGCAAUCUAGUCAUUGAUAGCUCAUGAUACUUAUUAAUUUCCUUUUGAAGUGCCUGUCACAGUGCUGCUUUUGCUUUCUAUCUCGUAAAAUCAGUGUUACCCAGACAUAGGACAUGAGUGCCAUGUGGUCAAGAAGUCGAAAGGGAAGUAUGUUUAUGUAUACAGAUUACAAGAAGUGAAAUGGUUCUCCACAGAUGCUUAUCCUUUUGUUUGCUUAACGGUUUUGAUAUGCAUGGUUACGUUUGAGUUUUAACAAUUACAAUGUGAAUUUAUUUGAUAUAUCUUCCUAAUCUAGUGUAUUUUACUCACCGAGCCUAUGUUUUUUUCGUUUAUUACUGGUAGAUGAAUAUGCAAAAUGACAUUUUAGUUUCUCUUUGGGUGCUUAUUUGUUUUGAUAGUAACAGUUACAUGUUAUAAUCCGGGUAGAUGUUUGCAUGUGAUGUUUGUAUGUAUUUUUUACACUUGCGUAGGGGCCGCCAUGCAUCCAAACUUACUGAGGAGGAAGAAGAUGAAGAAUAUCUCAAGGAAGAAGAUGGUUUGGCUGGUACGAGAGGGAUUCGUCUGCUUCUGCAACCAUCUUGGGAAGAUGAGAGACUAUCAUCUUGCUGGAUUAAAUUGGUUAAUACGAUUAAAUGAAAAUGGCAUCAAUGGCAUUCUUGCUGAUGAGAUGGAAUCCGCAAGUUGAUCCGCAAGCCCAAGAUUGUGCACAUAGAAUUGAUCAAAAGAAAGAAGUGUUCCGGUUUUGCACUGAUUUAGCUUUACUAAAUGAAGUUUACUGACUCUUCUUAUGUUAAUGUGAAAUCUCUUGUAAGUUACUGUCAUUUUCCCCUUGAUAUCGCCGUACACCAUUGAGGAAAAAGUUAUUGAGAGGGCAUAUAAGAAGCUUGCUUUUGAUGCUUUAGUUAUUCAAUAAGGCAGAUUGGCCGACCAAAAGUGUAAGCAUUUUAUGAUCUUCUAUGUUAUUAUGAAUACAUUAACUCUUGACUAAUGUCAUAUAUUUUAGAUAGUUAUUGCUUGACUAAUUAUUUCUGACUUGUACCAAAGGAUGAAAACAAGGUGGACUUUAAGAAAAUUGUUAGUGAGAAUUGGAUUGAGCCACCCAGAAGGGAACGAAAACGCAAGCAAGUUUAUAAUAGUGACCAUUCGUUCUGAAGAAAUCUGAUAGUGAAAUCUUUGUAUGCAACUCUAACUGAUCCUCAUGCUCCCAUGGAGUUGCAAACUAACUAUAAUCAUAUAUCAUGAGCAAUUAUAGGAAGUUGCAAGGAUCAUGAAAAUGCUCUGUUAACAGAAAUGUUAAGAGUUUUUGAUGAGAACAAGAAUUGAAAAUCUUCCAUACUAGCUUAGUUUUAAUUUUUAAAUUUUGAAUUUUUAAAUUUUGAAUUGUUGUUUAAUUUAGUAGUUAAUCAGUGAGAGAUUUGAGGGAUUCUGUGAGAUUUCCAAAUUUGUAAUUUUUUUCUUUUAAAAGGAUUGCUGUAAUCAGAAUGAAAAAUCAUUGAACGAAUUGAAAAUUGAAAUGAAAAUUGGGUUGGCUUAAUUUGGGUGUGAA